GAGGCAAGCCCAAAUCAUUCAGCAGGUGUUUUAUUCCUAUACUGCCCCUUCAAAAUCUUUCAUCGUCGCUGGUGUCUCGUGGUUUAUGCUCUCUCGAUUCCCUUCUCGAUCUCCUCUCUAUUGCUGAUCACUGUGAAAGCUCGUCUCUCUUGUAUCUUCCGGUGGAUCCUACAACCUCACCUUGGUGAGAUCUGUAUUCUAAAAAGCAUACCACUCGAAGAGUGUCUCCUGAUGAAAAAUGCAUUUUGAAUCUUGUUUAGUAUAAAAUUCCAUGCUAUAUACUGUAGUUCAGAACAUGGGCUUACUCUGCAGUAGACAUAAACGUGGUAAUCAAGCUAACACAGAAGAAAAUGCUCAGGCUGCAGAAAUAGAAAGGCGGAUUGAGCAAGAAACAAAGGCAGACAAACAUAUUCAGAAACUUCUACUACUUGGUGCUGGUGAGUCGGGGAAGUCUACUAUUUUCAAACAGAUAAAACUGCUCUUUCAAACUGGCUUUGAUGAGAGAGAGCUCCAGAGCUACACUUCAGUCAUCCAUGCAAAUGUCUAUCAGACAAUAAAAAUAUUACAUGACGGGGCAAAGGAGUUGGCUCUAAGUGAAGCAGGUUCGUCAAAGUAUGGCUUAUCCAUUGACAAUAAGGAAAUUGGAGAGAAACUAUCAGAAAUCGGAGGCAGGUUGGACUAUCCCCGCCUUACUGAAGAGCUCGUUCAGGACAUCUCAAGGAUUUGGAGAGAUCCAGCCAUACAGGAAACAUAUGCCCGUGGAAAUGAACUCCAAGUUCCAGACUGUGCCAAUUAUUUCAUGGAAAACUUGCAGAGAUUGUCAGAUACAAAUUAUAUUCCUACAAAGGAGGAUGUUCUCCAUGCCCGUGUUCGUACUACCGGUGUUGUAGAAAUCCAGUUCAGCCCUGUUGGGGAGAACAAAAAAAGUGGUGAGGUAUAUAGACUUUUUGAUGUGGGAGGCCAGAGAAAUGAGCGAAGAAAGUGGAUUCAUCUAUUUGAAGGUGUUACAGCUGUGAUAUUUUGUGCUGCUAUUAGCGAGUAUGAUCAAACCUUAUUUGAAGAUGAAAGCAGGAACCGAGUUAUGGAAACGAAAGAACUCUUUGAAUGGGUCCUAAAGCAAAAAUGUUUUGAGAAAACAUCUUUCAUGCUGUUUCUAAACAAGUUUGACAUUUUCGAGAAAAAGGUUUCAAAAGUGCCCCUGAAUGUAUGCGAAUGGUUCAAAGAUUAUCAACCAGUUUCAACAGGAAAGCAAGAAGUUGAGCAUGCAUACGAGUUUGUGAAGAAGAAAUUUGAAGAGUUGUACUAUCAGAAUGUGACGUGUGAUCACCAGGAUCGUGUGUUCAAGAUCUACAGAACGACAGCGCUGGACCAGAAACUUGUGAAGAAAACUUUCAAACUGGUGGAUGAAACCCUGAGAAGGCGAAAUCUGUUUGAAGCAGGCUUAUUGUGACAGACAGCAGCGUUUCAAAUGUCAAUAUUUCAUCACUAAAUUCUUUUUGACGAUGACAAUUUCGCCAUUUCACAGGUUAAAAGAAAAUACAUUCUAGGAACAUACCCUAUCCCUUUUUCUAGACCUUUUCACAUCAUGUAUCUAGCUUUCUUGUUGGAUUUAUCAUUAUACAUCUCAUUAACUUUUUAAAUUAUAAAAGCAUAUGUUCUUUUGCUAUGCUCUA